UCUUCCAGAAGGUCUCUGCCUCUCUCUCUCUCUCUCAAAUCCAUCCCACCUCCUUCCUUCUUCACAAAAGAAGUCCUUCCCUCUCUCUUGCAUAGACCAAAAAAGAGAAUGGGUCAGUCCUCAAGCAAUAGAAGAAGAAGAGAAGACCACCCUCAUCCACCUCCUUCCACUCCUUCCCAAUCUCUCUCUCCACUUCCACCUCCUAUUCCUCGUCCACUUCCACCUCCUCCUUCCUUCGCUUUCGCAGCCAACGCUCCUUAUCCUUCACACCCUUUCCCUCUUCCAAACCCUUAUCCUACGCACACCGUCUAUUCCCAGUACUCCCCUUUCUCAAAUCAUUCUUCUUAUGCUCCUCCUCCCAUCCCUCGUUUGAAUUACCCUUACUACCCUAACAACGGUCGGUCCCAGUUCCGCCCUUCUUCUUCUUCGCAGGCGGUUGCCCCGUUCCCUCCGCCACCUUACGUGGAGCAUCAGAAGGCGACGACAGUGAGGAAUGUCGUCAACCUGCAUAAGGAGACGAUCCGGCUUGAGGUGGAUGAGCGGAAUCCGGAUUCGCAUUUGGUUUCGUUCACGUUCGAUGCUGUGGUUGAUGGGAGUAUCACCAUCUAUUACUUUGCAAAGGAAGGGACAAAUUGUAGCUUCUCUCCUCAGUAUCCUGAUAUCACUCCAGUGAGAAUACCUUUCCAAAAAGGUUUAGGUCAGAAACUACGUCAACCUUCAGGAACUGGCAUUGAUCUAGGAUUCUUCGCGUUGGAUGAUCUUUUGAAACCAGCACCGGAUGAUGUCUACCCACUUGUCAUUUCUGCUGAAGCAUGUUCAUCACCAUCUUUCCCCACAGAUGAACAGCUUGCUCAGUCUCCCCCCACUCAUGCUCAAAUUACUCAAGCUGUCAUUGAGAAGAAGCAUAAUGAACCAUUCCAAGUGAAGGUAAUCAAGCAGAUAUUGCGGUUCGAUGGUGUCCGCUAUGAGCUACGUGAGCUUUUCGGCAUGGUUAACCCAUCAGAAGCAGAGUUCGAUGACAGUGAUCCUGGUAAAGAAUGUGUUAUUUGCCUGUCUGAGCCAAAGGAUACAGCCGUGUUGCCUUGUCGACAUGUGUGUAUGUGCAGUGAAUGUGCAAAAGUGCUGAGGCUUCAGUCAAAUAAGUGUCCCAUAUGUCGCCAGCCUGUUGAGCAACUCAUAGAGAUCAAGGCGAAAAAGGAAGAUCAUUGAGAGACUGUCUUUCAUGUCUGGUGUGCUGAUAUGAUGCCUUUGUAUUCAUAUCUGUAUUGGGUUUGCAUAUAGCUCUUGUAUUUUUGUACGCAUUCUUCUACAAGUUAGGUUCUUAGUUGCUUUUUUGCUUUUCAAUCUUAUUUGUAUUUGAAUUUUAUUGUAUAAUUUCAUUGGAAAUGUUCAUCACACCCAUGCUAUGUCCUACAUGUAGUACGGUGAUAUUUUCUCCGCUCAUCAUUCAAUUAUGUCCUGUUCUUCC